UCAUACUUGCAAUCAGUCGAAACAUUCAAAAUGUGCAAAAUAAAAAUCAACGCAAUUGUUUUUUUAAUAAUUCUUCAAAUAUUCUUGGUAGCAUCAGCUGCCUUCAAAGAGACGAUCAAAUCCGACGGACAAAUGGCAGAAAAAUGCUGCAGUCAGACCUAUGAAGCUGUAAAACCUUUAUUAGAUUAUUUUCGACUGGUUAAAAAUGAUUUAGAAGAGAGGGAAAUUAAGGAAAAUAAUUUAAUUGAAUUAAAUUCUGAUCUUAUGGAAAAGUAUCGUGAAAUUGUAGAAAUUCAUGAACUAUUCAUGAAUGAGGCAGCUCUAUUAAAUGAGUAUAAAAUCAAAGUUGGGAAAGGGGAAAACGAUUUGCAGUCGUCUCAAAUUAAAGUCGAUAAACUAGAAUCUGAAAUUAAUUCACAAAAAACUGUUAUUGCCAAAUUAGAAGCAGAAUUAGCAAAUAAAUCUUCCGACUUAGAAAUUUGUGAAAUUAAAUUAAAAACACUCGAUUCUGUGUUAAUUGAAAAAGAUGAAAAUAAAACAAGUUUGUUUUCGAGUAGAAUUGAAUUGCAAUUAAAGGAGAUGGAAACUAAAUUAAAAACAAAAGAUACAGAAAAUCUCUGGUGUCGUUUUGAAAUCAAUUUAUUAAAUAAUGCAUCAGAGAAUAUGAGAGAAGAGCAGAGAAAAAUGAGUUCUCAAAUAGAAGAGUGGCAUUCGAAAACAAUAGUGAGCGAUUAUCAAAAUAUAUUAUGUCGUUCUGAACUUGAUAAGUUAAGUCCCACAACUUGCAUCCCUUUUGGAGAUUAUCCAGGAGUUCAUCAACUCAAUGUCUCUGGGAUAGAUUUCUUCGAUGUUUUAUGCGAUAGUCAGUUAGCUGGACCUGGAUGGAUUGUAAUACAACAACGAGUUGGGCGCAAUGAGGAUUUCAAUAGAGACUGGGACACCUACCGCGAAGGAUUCGGUGCAUUGGAUAGCGAUUUCUUCAUAGGAUUAGAGAAAAUAUAUCGUAUCACAAGUUUGCAGCGUUUCGAACUUUAUAUACAUUUGGUUGCUGUGAAUGGAAGUGUCUACAAUGCUCGUUAUGACGACUUCAAAAUAUCUGAUGAAGACAAUGGAUACACACUGAGUCUAGGCAAAUGGAAUGGAACAUCUGAGGAUGCGAUGAGAAUCGGCGAAAACAUGAAAUUCUCAACAUUCGAUCGCGAUAACGAUUUUAGCGGUGACAAUUGUGCAGUUGAGUUCAAAAGUGGCUGGUGGUACAACAGUUGUCAUCAUUGUAACUUAAAUCAAAAAAAUUUGCUUCACCCAUCGAUUGACCUAAAAGAAGCUAAGAUGCUAAUUCAUCCCAAAGAAGCGAUGAAUUUAUGAUAGCCGAGCCGAAUCUCCGAUAUUUGACUCUUUUAUGUAAUCAUUUAUAUAUAAUUCGUGCACUAAGAAUUUGCUAUUUAACGUAGCGACUUAUUUGUUGAAUGACUCAUUGAAAGAGAUUUGUAAAAGGCCAUCGUACAAUUUCUAAAUAACAUUUUAAUAAACAUUUUACUUGCAGUUAUCGCUUACAAGUUCAGUGCUUGAAAUGAUCUGAACAUAGAAAAAGCUCUUGUUUUAACUCAGUUUAAAGUAAAUGUAAAGACACUCAACUACAAUUAACUUUAUUUACUACGGCAACUUAAUGUUUUGUACCGACAAACAUUUGAUAGCUUUUUUGCAUCGAAUAGACAAACUGACCAAAGGAAAAUUAAUGAAAGAACAUGUUUCACAUAUACAUAUAAACAUUUGUAUGUACUUAGAUCGAUCCGCAAAUACACGCAAAUACGAGAUGUAUUACCAAGUAAUUUAAUGAGCAAUAAAGCCAAAUGACCAGACA